AUGAACCACCUCCGUCAGUCAAGAGGCGAGAAUCUAAGAACAACAAUCGGAGUCGCAGUUGUCUACCUGAAAUACAAUGAGCCCAAACAGACGGUAGAUACUCUGCUGGGGAGCAUUGCCAAGCAGUUCAUUCAAGACUCCAACGUGCUCGAUCAGGCUGCCCGAGACCUGUACGAGCACCACCGCCAGCGAAACGCGGCACCUCCUCUCAAGUCCAUCAUGUUACUUCUUCAGAAGAAGUUAGAGACAUAUAAGGAGACCUUCUUGGUAAUCGACGGACUAGACGAAUCAAGUCGGCAAACUCCCUGGUAUUCGCCUUAUGGUUACCUCUCGUAUCUCAGUUCUAUUGAAGAAGAGCUCGAAAGCUUCGUCCGCAUCGAGAUAAAGGCCAACAAGAUGGACAUCGAGCUCUUCAUCGACUACCAGAUCCAAAGAAAUCGAAAUCUCCGGCGGAUGGUCAUGCGGAACUCAAAAUUGACACAGGAUAUCAAAUCAGCAGUAGUCAAGACCGCCGAGAGCAUGUUUUUGCUAGCUCGCCUUCAGGUAGAGUCCCUCGCCAGUGCCGCAUCUCUCACCAAACAUGUCCGGCAGAAGCUCCAGGAGCUUCCCACCACCCUCGAAACUUCUUACGACAACGCGAUGCAGCGCAUCAGAAACCAGGAAGAGGAUCACCGGAAACUUGCGUUCAAGACGUUGGCUUGGGUCACAGAUGUCUUCCGCUCACUAUCCUUGCGAGAACUGCAGCACGCCCUAGCCGUUGAACCUGGAGACUCCAAAUUAGACGACGAGUUGCUAAUGGAUGCGCAGAGCAUCACUGCUCUCUGUGCCGGCCUCGUAGUCAUUGACAAGGCUACUGACAAAGCCAUUCUUGUCCACUAUAGCGCCAAAAGCUACUUCGAAAACACACGCCAGAAGUACUUCGCUCUGUAUCAUGCUGGUAUCACUCUCAGCCUAGCGACAUAUCUGACUUUGGACGCGCUCCAAAGCGCCGCAAUAAGCGAAAUUGCUCAGCAUUAUCCACUCGCCACCUACGCCGCCCAGUGCUUGGGAGAUCACGCUCGCCACUCGCCAGAGGAGUCACUAGCUCCAGCAAUUCUGGAGGCUAUCUGCCAUCUUCUGACUGACGCUGACAAGCGUAAACCCUUGCUCACACUUCUGGAUGGCUUGGACCUCAUCCGUUCCGGAUAUUACUCGAAUCCUUCGGCAGACAUGGCUGAGAACACUGCAGGCAGCAUGACAUCGCCUCCAAUUGACGGGGCAACAGCGGCCUCCACUGUGGACAGCAGUGCCGUUGGAUCAGAUGCUGUAUGUUCCGAUCUCGAGGGUAUGAGCAUUUCGUCCAGCACGAUCUCUGGGGUCACGGAUGAUGCUGUGGCGGAUCACGUCACCGAAGCCUGGCAGGCUAAGAUGAGAGGCAGACGCAUACCGGAGGUCACUGCACUCCACCUAGCCGCAUCCAUGGGUCUGGCCAAAUUUGCCUCCAUGCUGCUUAAAGAGACUCCAAACAUUGACGCUGUCGACGAGACUGGGAAGACUGCUCUCACGGUUGCAAUGGAACGUGGAUUUGAGAAGGCUGUCGAGUUCCUAAUCGACGGCGGCGCUUUGGUUCAGGCCCAGCUAAACGCUGGAGACACCGCGGCCGACCCACAACUUCGAUUUAUGGUAGCCGUAUAUCUUGGCAAUAUGGACGAAGUAGCCCUGCUCUCCCGGACAGGUUGUGUUGAAAUGGAUGGCAGUGUCGUUACCAUAGGAAAUCUAGCGCUUUUUCUGGCAGUUGAGCACCAAGAUGGCGCAAUGGUGGGCGCUCUCCUCGAUGCAGGUGUCAACAUCAAUGUCAAGGACAGCAAGGGUCAGACAGCAUUAUUCAGGGCAACUCGUCGGCAAGAUGCCGUGAUGAUGAAGCUCCUCAUUUCUGACAAGAUCGGAAUCGACAGCCGAGAUGAUGAGGGCCGCACGGCUUGGAGCGCGAACGUCAGGUCACGCAACAAGGAAAUUCUGGAUAUUCUGCUCGAUGCUGGAGCAGACCCGUCGACCCGUGGCCUUCAAGGUGUCAGUCCACUAUACGAAGCCGCGUCAAAUGGGGAGACCGAGUUGGUACACUUCUUGCUCGAGAGCGGAACCGACCCAUCCAUUGGGCUGCCUCGUAUGGUCAUGAAGAAUGUGUGCAGCUGCUUAUCGACGCCGGCUCCGAUGUCAAUGUUAGGUCAGACCAAGGCGUCACCCCAUUCGACCUUGCAAUAUAGGCGAACGAGACCGUCAUCUCGAGCUGUGCGUCGAGCCGAGAUGGGUGAAUACCCUCUGCAGCUCGACGAUUUUAACUUCACCGACGUGCUGUACCAUAUCACCUGUCUACGCGUCGAUUAUCAAGAAUUCGAACUCGAGCUUAGUGUCCAAACCACUCUCUACAAUGCAAUUGAGCAGUCCAAAUCCCCAGCAUUGUCGCAACGGUCAUCAUACCGCAUACACAAAGACUGGACCGGCAACUGGAAAACUACACUUGCUCCUUACGAUACCUCGUACGGUUAUAUCGCCUUAACGCCGUCCUCCGAUACCCAACUACCGCUCAACGGCAACUCGCUUAACGUUCCCGCCCUCGGACUCGGGCCGCUCCGGGACGAAGAGUCGGGAGAGUCGCUGAGCCUAUUGAUCUUGUACGUGGCUGUCUUCCCCAAUGAGUACGAGCCCGGAAACUGCUACGACAACCAGUCCGACCCUAGCUAG